ACACGUCAUUUUUGUGACGCGGUUACAUCAUGCCUCAGCCGGAAGUAGUCACAAUAGGAAGAGAAAACUCUAGCUUUUCGCUUGUUUCAGUUUAGUGUUACACGACGAGCAAAAGCCAUUGAAAUGAGUAAAUGUGUAAGAACAAGGUGUUUGUCGGCAUAAGCUUGGUUUGGGAUGUCAGUGGAGGACAUUGACCACAGUAACGGUUAAAGAUGUCAGGCACCAUCUACAGUUUCCUGAAUUAGUGUUACGAAUGUCUCUAACCUUAACGGCAAUGAGCGGAAGAGCAGUGACCGGUGACCAGCAGCAGUGGUCGAGGUCUGGAGAGAUGCAGCAUUCUCGUGGACCAUACAUCUCAGUUAUCACCAACAGGACGACCAACCUGUUGAUCCGAGGGGCCAUGUUGUUCUCUGUGGGUGUCUUCCUGGCCCUGGUGCUUAACUUACUUCAAGUACAGAGGAACAUCACCCUGUUUCCCCCUGAUGUCAUAACCAGUAUCUUCUCUUCGGCCUGGUGGGUGCCGCUCUGCUGUGGGACGGCUGCAGCAAUGAUUGGGCUGUUGUACCCCUGCAUCGACAGCCGUCUGGGUGAACCACACAAGUUCAAGCGGGAAUGGUCUAGCGUGAUGCGCUGCGUGGCUGUGUUUGUGGGUAUCAACCAUGCCAGUGCUAAAGUGGAUUUUGCCAACAAUGUUCAGCUGUCUCUGACUCUGGCAGCUCUUUCCAUUGGCCUGUGGUGGACAUUCGAUCGCUCCCGCAGUGGCUUCGGUCUGGGAAUCUGCAUUGCCUUUUUGGGUACGCUGGUCACCCAGCUCCUGGUUUACAACGGAGUUUUCCAGUAUACGUCACCUGACUUCCUGUACAUUCGCUCGUGGUUACCCUGCAUCUUCUUUGCAGGAGUAAUAACUAUGGGAAACAUUGGACGGCAACUAGCUUUGUAUGAAUACAAAUUCAUUCAGGACAAGAGCCAUCAGGACUGAGGGAUGUCUCGGCUGCAUCAGACCUCUGCUCACAAUGACUCUUUGCACCAACCUGAAGCCAGGUGCAGGUUAUCAGCCCGGACUGCAGCUGGCUGAUGAGCCAGUCGGGCCGUUUAAAUCGAGCCCUGAGAUCUCGAUCGGCUGCUGCGCUGUAUUUUUGACUGGCUCUGUCCGGCCUUUGAGAGAUCACCCAGCUGCUACCACAUUAUAUCCAUGAACUGAUGUGAAUAAUGAGAGUGGAGUUUGUGUCUUUGCUUUCCUUUACUGCGGUUUAUCUGUAAUAGACAUGGAUUAGCAGAUAAGCAGCCAACAUUCCUCAGAUCAGCUCAGAUGUUUGCUCCCUUGGCUCGACUGUGCCAAACAGAAUCACAUGGGAUCUGUUUAUUUACUGCCCUCGUCUCAUGAUUCUUCCUCAUCUGUCAUACAUCGGUGGGGAACACACAGCCUAGUGAACGUAUCCAGGAUGCAUCUAUGUACUGGACUGUUUUUUGUAUGUAAUUACCCAUAAUCCACUUUUAGAUAUUCUUGAUAAAGAGAUGUUGACAGGUGCUAAGGAAACAGGAUGUCCAGUGUUCCCCUGUAGUGGGUACAUGUAAGAGCCCAUUGUUUUGUGCAUUAUGAUGUACAGUAUCAUCAGGUCAAAAAACACUGAUAACGUUCUUUGGGUUUAGGGUUAGACGUGAACAAUACAUUUAGAAAUAGAUUCCAUCUAUAAAUGAAGAUUAUGGUGUUAAUUAGUUUAAAACUAGUUACUGUUUUUAUUUCAGGGAGGAAGACUUGGCCAAAAGUCUUCCUGCUGCCUUUUAGUUGCUUUUCUUUGCUUUCUCCAAACAGGAAGAAUGCCAAAACUUCCCAGCUCACGUUGAGUGGUGUUGCCCACCUAAUGUAUGACAGCAGAUAAUGGAGGUGAUGGAACUUCACACUGAAUCAAAUAAAUUCUCUCUGGUCAAACUGGGUUUGCUGUAAGGAGAUUUUCUGCUUCUACCAACAUUUGUUUUGUAUCUUCAUUGUGAAGAGAGUGACUUUUGUCACAAAGCUGUUUUUGUUCAACUCAUUUCAAUUAAAGGAUGAAAUGAACAGAACCUGUUUAAGUCACCACACAUACAAACUGGAAUCAGAAACUGGUUCCAGUUUGGCUAGGUGUAACCACACAAUCACCUGGCAUGCAAUAAGAGUUCCUUUCACUGCAAGUCUUUUCUUCCCCAGCCACACUCAGUUUUCUACACGUGCAUCACACCACAAACAUUUUUUUUUUAGUGAAGCUCUGUUGGGAAUCCAACAUCCAGCUUCACACACCGUUAAAUCUGACAGCUUUUGCAAGCUUGGCUCCACAGUGUAAAUGAGCCUUUAGUGUUUCAUUUCCACUUUAACACGUUUUUACAUGUUUACAACAAGAUAAACUGGUUAUUAAUAAUAAACAAAGUCCCCUCCCUCCUCUUAUUUCUUAUUAAUCAACUCAUCACAUUCCAGUCUGUGAAAUUCUGUUGAUGCUGGUCGAUCUACAACACUGUAUGUAUGGUUGAGUCUUAAGGCUGAUGAUGAUUUGUUCUGUAUAUUGUGGUUUACUGACCCACAGUGAAAACCUCGUGUUUAGCUGUUUUAAAAGUCUAGGCUGUGUUUGUUCAGUGGACAUGCAGAGAAGCCUCCAAACACCUGACACAUGCAGGACAACAGCCUGUGUAUCAUUUAAGGAACACUUUCCUGACAGUGAGAAAUGCGUUUAAGUGCAAUAAGGCCAAAUGUAUCCAGUGUUUUCGAAGAUCCAUGUAUUUGUUUGGUUGUUGAUGUUUAAUGACAUCUUGUAUUUACGAACAUUUGAGUACUUUGAAUUCCCGGGGAGUUUAACUGGAUUCAAAGUCGUAAUAAGUGAAGGAAAAACUGAACAUUUUAAGUUGGUUUUGGCCCAUCUGACUGCUUUUUGGCUCCAUGUAUACUUUCAUAGUUCAAUAAGUAUUUAUGAGGCAUUGUUUUUCUUCCAUUUCCCCCUUUUCAGUCUUUCCAUCAGUCUAAUAUUCAAUAAUGGUGAUAAUUAAUGGUCAUGGGGAGUUUCCACAUGAAAAAUAAAGUAAAUUUUCAAAACAC